GACGCUUUCGAAAUUGGACCUAAUUAGUGCUACGAUUUGUGAGGGUGACGAACCAGGCCCUGCCACUGCAAGCCCUUACCCAUUCAACUUAUCCCAAAGCGGUGGAAGGAGGUUCAGAGACCCAUUUUGGUGGCAAGUCUCUAUCCUUGUUUAACUUUGAAUGCUUUUGUUAUGUGCUUUGGGUGAUGCUUUUGGAUUCGAAUAAACCAUAGUUGCUCUGUUAUUUUUGCCUAUUCUCAACUCAUAUAUCCUUUCGGCUUGCAUAUCUGUAUUUUGCUUCUUGUUGGGAAUGAUUGCUGCAACAGUUUUUAAUUUUGUUUCAUUCAUGCUCCCAAAAUGAUGGAAAAGCUGUACUAAUGUUCACUGAAACCUAAUUUUCUAUCUGAUUAUAUUGUGAAGCGCAAUUAGGUUCCUAAUUGGAUGUUUUUGAAUUUCUUAAAAAACCACCCCCAUGCACUCCAUAUUGUAUCGCAUUGUUCUUCGUGAUUCCUCUUACAUAUGUGGUGCCUCUACAAAUCUGUGUUCUUCUUUAGCUUUUUGUUACACUCUAGGAACUAGAUACUUUUCCCAUAAAGAACAACCUCAAGAAGACCUUACUAGAUAUGUGGAUUUUCUCGCUGCGAAAAUUGGAAAAGGAAUCAGUGAGGAACAAAUCCUUCAUUCCCUAUGCAAUGAUCAAGCUUGUGAAGCCAUACCCCUUUCCCAAAACCUUGUUCACGUGUUGCUCCGUCGAUACAAGGAUGAUUGGAAGUCUGCACUAGGGGUAUUUAAGUGGGCAGGUUCGCGUUCUAGCUUCAAACAUUUGCCAGAAUCGUAUGAUAUGAUGGUAGACAUACUGGGUAGAAUGAAGGUUAUGGAAAAGUUGAGAGAUUUCUUGGAAGAAAUGCGUGAGGGCAGUCUCGUCACUCUCAAUACUGUUGCUAAGGUAAUGAGAAGGUUUGUUGGGGCAGGGCAGUGGGAAGAUGCUGUGAGGUUAUUUGAUGACUUGCAAACUCUUGGGUUGGAGAAGAACACGGAAUCCAUGAACUUGUUGCUUGAUGCCCUGUGCAAAGAGAAGUUUGUGGAGCAAGCUCGCGAAAUUUUCUUGGAGCUGAAGCAUCACAUUGCUCCAAAUGCCCACACGUUCAAUAUAUUCAUUCAUGGAUGGUGCAAAGUUGGUCGUGUAGAAGAGGCACAUUGGACAAUCCAGGAGAUGAAAGGAUAUGGUUGUCGCCCUUGUGUUAUAAGUUAUUCUACCAUCAUUCAAUGUUACUGUCAAGAAGAGAAUUUUAGCAGGAUGUAUGAGAUUCUUGAUGAAAUGCAGGCUCAAGGUUGCUCCCCUAAUGUCGUCACUUAUACUACUAUCAUGUGUGCGCUGGCAAAGGCAGAAAAAUUUGAGGAAGCUUUGGAAGUAGUUGAGAGAAUGAAGUCUGCUGGAUGUAGGCCUGAUACACUUUUCUACAAUUCAUACAUCUACAUGUUGGGGAGAGCAAGCAGAGUAGAUAAGGCUACCUAUGUGUUCAAAGUAGCAAUGCCUGAGGCUGGUGUUGUCCCAAAUACGUCCACCUAUAAUUCGAUGAUUUCUAUAUUUUGUCAUUAUGCCCAAGAAAACAAAUCUUUUGAAAUAUUGAAGGAGAUGGAGAAUUCUGGCAUUUGUAAGCCUGAUGUUCAGACAUACCACCCCUUGAUCAAGGCAUGCUUUAGGACUGGAAAAAUAGAUAGUUUGUUGAGUAACAUAUUAAAUGACAUGAUCAAUAAACACCAUCUUGGUCUUGAUCUUUCAACCUAUACACUGCUCAUUCAUGGACUAUGUAGAGCAGGUAGAUGCGAGUGGGCAUUCUCUUUGUUUGAGGAGAUGAUUGAUCAAGGUAUAUUACCUAGAUACAGAACUUGUCGUCUGCUGUUGGAUGCAGUCAAGCAAAAAUGUAUGUAUCAAGCUACUGAGAAAAUUGAGGGUCUUAUGAAGAAACUGUAAAUGCAUUAGUCUCGUAUUUGUGCGCCCACGCCUAUUACACCCUUCUAAAUAUUUCAAUGCCUUUCCCCUUUCAUAGUUUCAAAUCAAAUGGCACUGCUUGAAAAUACUCAAGCGCUUAUAUGUGGAGCUUUCUAGUUGCUACCUUUGAUUAAUGCAAGAUUUUGAGAUCUAUCUAUGAGCAUGUACCAUACAAUCACACAAGUAAGAGAGAUCAGUUCUGUACAAUUUUUUCGGCAUAUAAAUAUCGGUGGAGGGGAAAAGGAGACCGGCUAAGAAUGCAGAUAAGUAAGGCAGCUCAAGUCAAGGCCAAGCAUUGAAUUUCUUUCCUUUUCCGAUCAAAAAAUAAAAUGAUCCCAUCUUCAUUUGCUUAAAAAGGGGUUCUGCAAAUUCUUUCACUUUGUUAUUAUUAACAAAUAAAAUAUGGAUAGUUUGUAAAUGAAAUUAAGAAAUUGCCUUUUUCCAACAAAUUUCCUUGGGGUUAAAGACACCUAUUCACACGCACAUCCCUUAAACC